AUGCAGGAUGACGUUAGCAACAUUGACAAGCAUGCUCAGAAACUAGCAGAAGUGAAGUUUAUGUUCAAUCAAAUGGAGGAAGAGGCAGAAGAUCAAGAAGAAGGGAACUCUAUGAAAUUUUUGAGAAUGAUCGAUGCUCUACAACGGUUAGGCCUCGACCACCACUUCGAGGAAGAGAUCGAGGCAAUAUUGAAACGCCAGUACAAUGAUACUGGUCCAAGCCAUGACCUUUUCGAGACCUCCUUGCGCUUUCGAUUGCUUAGACAACAAGGUUAUCGCACUUCUAUAGAUGUGUUCCAAAAGUUCAUAAACAAGGAAGGCAAGUGGGAGAGCAAAUUGGGACAAGACAUCGUGGGACUGAUAGAACUAUACGAAGCAUCAUAUUGGGCCACAGAAGGGGAAAGUACCAUAUUGGACGAAGCAGGGAAAUUCUGUGCCCACAAGUUGGAUCCACCACCCACUGAUCCCCUUGCAGACUACACUUUGAGGCAUCCUCUCCACAGAAGCUUACCCAAAUUCCACAUCAAGAACUACAUCACCAUUUUCCAUGGCUCGACCAAGCACUACGAAGACACACUCAUGGAUCUAGCAAGAUUGGAUUUCAAUGUGAAUCAGUCCAUCUGCCAGCAAGAGGUCGUGCAGGUGUUUGAAUGGUGGGAGGAGCUAGGGUUGGCGGAAGGGUUGGAAUAUGCAAGGAAUGAGCCAAUGAAGUGGUACAUGUGGCCUUUGGCAAUUCUGACGGAUCCGAAACUGUCGGAAGAAAGGGUGGACCUUGCCAAACCGAUUUCGUUCGUGUACCUCGUUGACGACAUCUUUGAUGUUUAUGGGUCGCUAGAUCAACUAACUCUCUUCACAGAAAUCAUUGAUAGGUGGGACAUUGCAUCGGUAGACCAAUUGCCCAAUUAUAUGAUGAAAUGCUUCACAUCUCUCCAUAAAGUCACCAAUGAAAUUGGGUACAAAGUGUACAGUAGACAUGGAUGGAACCCAGUGCACUCCCUACGACAAGCAUGGGCGAAACUUUUCAAGGCAUUUCUAGUGGAAGCCAUGUGGUUGAAGGGAGGAGAGUGGCCAAGUGCGGAAGAGUACUUGAAGAAUGGAAUAGUGAGCUCUGGGGUCCAAGUUGUUCUGGUUCACUUCUUCUUCCUUUUGGGCAAAGGCCUAACACAAAUAAACGUGGACCUUGUUAAUGGCGACGAUCCUCCGGUGAUCUCUUCCGUCGCCAAAAUUCUCCGGCUGUGGGAUGACCUCUCUGCCACGAACGAGGAAUAUGAUGGGGAAGACGGAUCCUACGUGUAUUUCUACAUGCUGGAGAAUCCUCAAUCUUCGAUUCAUGAAGCUCGGGAGCAUGUGACGAGAAUGAUUGAAGAGACAUGGAAGCAACUCAACCAUGAACUUCAAUCCCCAACACCAUUUCCAUUAGUUUUCAACAGGGCAGCUCAUAAUUCUGCAAAAAUGGUGCCUUUGAUGUAUGGAUGUGACGAUGAUGAUGCUGGUCAAGAUCAGAAACUUCCAAAGCUCAAGGACCAUAUCAAUGCGAUGCUUUUUGAAAGCAUCCCCAUUUGA